AUCUUCCUCCAUCACCUCUAAAGCAUCCCAUCCAAAUAAGCCCAUACAGGAUUAUAAAGAUCUCGUCCAACGGCAUUUUUGUCUUCAAAAUUUCAGAUUGUGAAGCUCUGGAGAUUGUUCUCCUUGAUUAAGAUAGGAAAGACUUCGAGAUCCAGAACUAUCAUGCUUUCAUACUACCAAUUGCUCCACACAUAUUAUGUGUUGAUGGUAGCCCAUUCGGUGGCCGGCCAGGCCAACCCCUGCGUCGGGCUAGGCUCGAAAGUCCCGUUUUGCGUCUCCAAGACGGACAUCGGUUCACGCUCUUCAACUGCUGUCAGCGUCUGUUCCGCCCCAGUAAACACGAAGACGGGACUGGCCACCUGCCAAGGAGUAAAUAUCAUUGCCAAUCCAGUCGAUGCUUGCUGUGAUCCAGCAAUUAAAGAGGUGAAUAAAUCCGCAGGAAAUGCGUUUAAAGUUCCCAAAUCUGAUUUCCAGAAGAAGUAUCAUUGCGUAUUCUGAAUCCUUAUACUUGACGUAGCAGUUAACUACAAAUACAUAGGUUACAGAGAUAUCAUAUUAAAAAACAUGUGUAACAUUUAGCUGAUAUGUCUAGAGUUAGAAUCAUUUCAUCCUG